UGUACACUCAAGCGUCAAAACUUAUGUAUUUGUCAUUCGCGUUCAUUUUUCAAGAAAAAUGGUUUGAUGAGUAAAAUUUGUGAGCGAAACGGCGGAUGGUAAUUACUGAAAAUGGCUAGUGUCGGUUUCCGUUGGUUAGACAUCCUAGAGAAAGAGUUCGACAAAGCUUUCGUCGAUUUGGACCUUGCCAUUGGGGAACUUGAAGCUGAUGAGCCGAGUGUCGUUUUUGCUGUACGGCAACAACUGUGCUCUCUCAGCUCAUGUUUUGCCCAGCUGACGCAUAAGGCGCAGACUAUUUUUCAAAAUAGUGCUAAAAUCGAGGUAAGUGGAUACAGAAUCGUUUUCAAAACUCUUUCGAAAUACCGUACCGUUGACUAA